AUGGUCAUUCAAAUCAUAAUCGAAUAAUUGCAUUCAAAUUUCAAUAGCAGUAUAAGAGAGGGAAUAUCACUCUUAUUUUUGUUGCUUACAGUAAGAUAGUAAACAUGUCCGAUACAACAAAUGAUGUGGAUGGUAACAAUGCGGAGGAGCUGGAUGUGGGCAGUGAGCGAUUCAACCCCUUGCGUGCGCUAUAUGCAGCCGACUUCAAGGUUACGGAUAGAGCGCCAAAAGUCCUAUAUCAAAAUCUUGCCGCAUUUGAAAGUGCUCUUGUAAAGGUUGGCGUUUGGCAGUUGAAUAAGAGACCCAAAAACAAUGAGCAACCGAAGGCAACAAGUAACAAAAAUCCCUUUAACUCAUCCUCGAAUGUGGAUGCGUUAAGUGAACGACGUUUCCAGCCGCAUCAAAUGCCCGUAGAGGGAGUGGCGAAAGUAAAAUAUCACAGGAAUCUGUUCACGCAUAUGGCCAGUGCGGAAGGCCCCUUGGCAUAUCUUAAAAAGCAUUUGCCCGGCGAGGAGAAACAAGACAUAACGCGUCUGCGGGUUUACCUACGCAAGGAGCACUCCAUUGGUGGCCGUAUCGAGGGGGACCUUGUCGCCUUCGACAAGCAGUGGAACAUAUUGCUAAAAAACGCUGUUGAGGUCUGGCAGCGUCGCAAAUAUAAGUUUGGCAAGCAAGACAUUUGUGGCGCAGCAGCAGAAGGAACAGAGGAAUGCGUCGAUCGACUUCGACGAUUGGGAAUCACAUUGCCUGAAGUUCACGCGAAAAGCUUAAAUCGUAAGAACGUACAGCUGCGGCGUGAGCUGCCGCAAGUGAUGAUUCGCGGAGAAAACAUAGCUUUAAUUACAUUUAUUAGCAAGUCAAAAGAGUAAAAUUUCAAUUCAUUCAUUUGCAA